UUACUCAACCCUCUUCAUAAGACAACCCCUUCCUCCUAGGAAUUAUCUCAGAGAGCUAUCUCUGAAAUAUCUUCAUUGCAGGUAUAUCCCUUCUCAAAUAGAAGAGAUGGAAACUGUUUUUAAUUCUCCAGAUAUGGUCUCACAUAACCCUGUACAUUGGCAAUAACAUUUCAUAGACCUCAGUAAGGCCUUUGAUCUCAUAAGCAUUGACUGACUCUUAAUGCUGCGGAAAAUAGGCAUCAUUUCUUCAUCACAAGAGCACACGUGCAGUUCUAUCACCUGCAAUGGAGCAACACUAGAUGCUGUCAAGAUCAGCAGCAGGAUAAAGCCAGUACCAUGAUGCUCCAACACAUAGGACAAUCAUCUGCAUCAGAUGUCAGUACAGCAGCAGUAGUUCCAUGUAUUUCGCCUUCAAUGUCUUUGGUAUUUGAUGAGUUUACAAACAUUACCCCUUUGGUCAAAGAAGAGCUGCGAUUUGCCAUUCAAAGCAAACGGAUAUCAAAUGGAUCCUCAAGCAUGGAUUAUUUAACAGCAACUGAGAACUCAAGUGAAACAGUAGAGAAAAAGGUGACACCACAGGAAGAUGAACGAAGAAGACGGAGGAGGGAAAGAAAUAAAAUAGCAGCAGCUAAAUGUCGAAAUAAGAAGAAGGAAAGGACGGACAUUUUACAAAAAGAGUCAGAAAAACUGGAAUCUCUGAAUGCAGAAUUAAAAGCACAAAUAGAAGAAUUAAAAAAUGAGAAACAACAGCUGAUAUACAUGCUGAACCUGCACAGGCCUACGUGUAUAGUCCGGGCACAGAAUGGGAGGACUCCAGAGGAUGAGAAAAAUCUUUUCAUUCAACAGAUCAAAGAAGGAACACUACAGAAUUAGGUCAUAAAGGAAGUGAAUCAUGGAUCCACACAGUCCGUCUCCUUGGAGGCGCCAAGAACAGAAGUAGCUCCACGUUAGUACGUUACUAACUUGCUAGGGAAAGACUGUUCAUUAGUCAGAAGAGUUUGCACUUUCAGCAUAAUGGAUAUCUUUUGUUUCACCAUUAACUGUUGAACCUGGAAAAGUGCUGCAUUAAAAUCGCAUGCAAACAGGAGAAAACACAUACUUACUCUCUGCCUUGACAUUGGGCUGCACACAAUGAUUUUUUUAUUAUUGACGCAGGCGUCGUGCCUUUUAUUGUCUUUAAUUGCUCUUGAUGACCUGUUGAUGUACCAGCAUGCCAGUCGUGUUUAUGGUAUAGUUACUUUGGGACAGUGUGACACACUUACACCUUGGAAGCUUUUAGUCAGCUCUGCAGCAUUUAUGCCAGUUGUCUAGGAUGUUAUUGCAAGUGUGUUACAUGAGUUUCAGAAGUUAAGCAAAGUUACCCCAAAAUCUAAGCAUGUAUGUUCAAGUACUCGAGAUUUUAUUGGAGUGCUCUAACUUUUUUCUACACUGUGAUAGUUGAAGUGUGCAUUUGAUACAUUUAGUAAUAAAAGUAUUGUCAUAACAUUUA